AUCGCUAUGCUUCGCUCCAACAAUACUCAGUUCCACCCUUACUCCUUUCUUCUGAUGGGCAUCCCAGGGCUGGAAGAUGCCCACGCCUGGAUCGGCUUCCCCUUCUUUGCAGUGUACCUGAUAGCCCUGCUGGGCAACAUCACCAUCCUCUUUGUGAUCCGGACUGAGCGCAGUCUCCACCAGCCCAUGUUUUACUUCCUGGCCAUGCUGGCCUGCACGGACCUGGGCCUGUCCACAGCCACCAUCCCCAAGAUGCUGGGCAUUUUCUGGUUCAACCUCAGGGAGAUUGUGUUUGGUGCCUGUGUCGCACAGAUGUACGUCAUCCACACCUGCACUGGCCUGGAGUCUGUGGUGCUGACAGUCAUGGCCAUCGACCGCUAUGUGGCCAUCUGCAGCCCCCUGAGAUAUAACAUGAUUCUGACCAAUAAGGUCAUAGCCAUCCUGGGCAUCCUCAUCAUAGUCAGGACUCUGAUGUUUAUGACUCCCUUCAUAUUUCUCAUCCUGAGACUGCCUUUCUGCGGUGUCCGGAUUAUCCCCCACACCUACUGUGAGCACAUGGGGCUGGCCAAGUUGGCUUGUGCCAGUAUUAGGGUGAAUGUCAUCUAUGGCUUGAUUGCCUUCUCCGUGGGCUACAUUGACCUUUCUGUGAUUGGGUUUUCCUAUGUCCAGAUCCUCCGAGCUGUCUUCCGCCUCCCAUCUUGGGAUGCUCGACUCAAGGCUCUCAGCACAUGUGGCUCACAUGUCUGUGUCAUGUUAGCGUUCUACCUGCCAGCCUUCUUCUCCUUCAUGACUCACCGAUUUGGCCACAACAUCCCUCAUUACAUUCACAUACUUGUGGCCAACCUGUAUGUGGUUGUUCCUCCUGCACUUAAUCCUGUAAUCUAUGGGGUGAGGACCAAACAGAUAAGAGAGCGGGUACUGAGGAUGCUCAACUCCAAAAGCAGAAAAGAUGUUAAGUGA